GGGGGCAGAGUUAGAGCUAAUAAAAGGAGGAGCGGUUUUUUUCUACGUCAAAAGCUCAACAUCUUUUCUUUCACUUGUUGUAGUACAGCUGCUACACUCGCCCUUUCUGGAUUCUAACAAAAUAAAUUAGAAAUUUAAUAAUAUCGUCUUCUACUGUUUCCUACUGCUGACACUCCUUCACUCUGUCAAAUCCUGAAGUAUUUGGAGAUUGUAAAUUGUGAGCUUUGUAUAUAAAACAAUGGAUGAUUAUCUCGAUCAGUAUUUUGCUUCUUCGUCUUGGUCGGAUGUGAAUUUUAAGGAAAGAUCACCUUGGGUUCUUAGUGAACCUGAUCAGCCAAAUGCACUGCUGCCUAGUUCGCCUAUAAGCAUGAUCGGUAUGAACCACGGGAUGGAGUGCUUAGCUACACAGAGUACUCCUUUAGGUGUUGGGCCGCAAACGAAUUGCGAAAGUUUGGGACUGCAGUUUAAUGCAGGUGUUCAUUCCUCUGGUUCAUUAAAGGGUCUUCAAGUUGUCGGUGAUAUGACCACCCUGUCUCAAUCAUUUAACGAGGGAGGGGAUGUAAUAUGCAAUGGAGGUGAAUCUUCUGAAUUUCAGAGAUCACUUACAGGCCUAGAAACCCUUUGUUCGAUACCGCAAUUUUGGCAGCCACAACCUUAUGAUGGUCUAAUUUCUUCCCUUCCUAUGGGACAAACCCAAAUGCAAAGCUCUAGUCUUCAAGGAGAUAAUGGAAAUGUUGAUGAUGGUAAUAUUAACAGAUUUGUUGAAAUCGAUAAAUUUCUGCAACUCGAGAACUUAUCCGCGCCGAUCAAUGCAAAGGAAAAACAAGAUAUGCAAAAUUCUAGUUACUUGUCUUUUCCUGCCGACCGUCCGAUGACAGAUACAAUGAUAGACUUACCAUCUCUGCUGCAGAGUUCAUCACCUGCACCGAACAAAGGUUGCAAUGGAACUGGGAAGCCUCAAGUUAGAGCACGUCGAGGUCAGGCUACUGAUCCACACAGCAUCGCAGAGAGGCUUCGAAGGGAGAAGAUUGCUGAAAGGAUGAAGAAUCUGCAAGAACUUGUACCGAACUCCAAUAAGACUGACAAGGCCUCUAUGCUUGACGCAAUCAUCGAGUAUGUCAGGUUCCUUCAACUCCAAGUCAAGGUACUAAGCAUGAGUAGGCUAGGAGCAGCAGGGGCAGUAGUUCCUCUCAUAACUGAUGGCCAAGCUGAGGGAUCUAAUGGCUUGACACUAACACCCUUGGCAAUGGGAAGUGAUGGAGUUGAUUGUUCACCAUCUCCCGAACAAGUUGUUUUUGAACAAGAAGUGGUGAAACUCAUGGAAUCCAAUGUGACAAUAGCCAUGCAAUAUCUGCAAAGUAAAGGUCUAUGCCUUAUGCCGAUUGCGCUCGCCGCUGCCAUAUCCAACGGGAAGGCAUCGCCCUCGUCAUCAUCAGGUCCUGUUUCCGAGGAAAGGAAGAAAUUUGGUUUCACCAACAGUAUUAUAAGCAAUGACGAUAGAGUUCACAACACCACCACCUGCAGCAGCAGCAGUGAGGGUGGUGUUCGGAAUUCCAACAGUAGUAACAGCAGUGGCACUGGCAACUUGUCUGGUGUCGGGAUUCAUCAAUCAACCUCUGAUGGUAAUUUCAUGAUUGAAAAGAUCAAUGGUUGCAAUGGUACCUUCAAACAAGAAGUCAACACUUUGUGUACUGCCAAAUGAUGAAAACUCCAAACCAGAGAUGCUGGUCUUACAUUUAACAAAGUAGUUAUAGGACUUCCAUUGUCUUCUUUGUUCUCUAUGUUUUGCUUUUUCUUUCCAGGAAAGUGUAUGCUAAUAUAUGUACAUAUAAUACUGGUUUAUAUAUUUAGUCUUCAACUAUGACCCAGAUUUUUAGUUAUCUCGAACUUAAAAGUUUGACAUAAAA